GCUACAGUCACAUCGGGCAAGUUAACGCCACCCUCCACAAAAAUGGCCAAACGAAAGAUGGACAAUAGGAGCUUUCAAGACAGGUGUGUUCCUUGGCCUGGGAUUAAGUGGCAUUAUUCCAACAAUGCACUUCACCAUCGCUGAGGGCUUUGUAAAGGCAACAACAGUGGGGCAGAUGGGCUGGUUUAUCCUAAUGGGCGCCAUGUAUAUCACUGGAGCCGGUUUGUAUGCAGCACGCAUCCCUGAACGCUACUUUCCUGGGAAAUGUGAUAUCUGGAUUCAAAACAUACUUCACCAUCCUGCACUGCCUGCGGCAGUGUCGCUCCUCUCCAUUGCCUGUUGUCAUGGCGCCCAAGGACAUCAUGACCAGUUCACACGCCAAGUCCAUCCUGAAUGCCAUGAACGCCUUGAGGAAGGGCAACACUCUGUGUGACAUCACCCUGAGAGUGGAAAACACAGACUUUCCUGCCCACCGCAUUGUACUGGCAGCCUGUAGUGAUUAUUUCUGUAUCAUGUUCACUAGUGAGCUGGCAGAGAAGGGUCAGAUAUUCAGGGUCUCACAGCCUCCACCAUGGACAUCCUGUUGGACUUUGUUUACACAGUGUUGGUUACUGUAGAGAAUGUACAGGAGCUGCUUCCCGCUGCCUGCCUGCUCCAACUCAAAGGUGUGAAGAGGGUUUGCUGUGAUUUUCUCAACAGUCAGCUAGACCCAUCCAACUGUCUGGGCAUCCGAGAUUUUGCAGACACACAUAACUGCGUUGAUCUGAUUCAGGCAGCAGAUCUUUUUUCCCAGAAGCACUUUUCUGAGGUGGUGCAACAUGAAGAGUUCAUGCUCCUCAGUCAGAGUGAAGUGGAAAAGCUAGUCAAAUGUGAUGAAAUUCAGGUGGACUCUGAGGAGCCACUGGACCAGUGUGACUCCCAUGGCCAACAAAUGUUCAGUUUAGCUUUUAGUUCUGACAUUUUAUUUGCUUCAUUAUAGAAAAUGUUUUUCAUUUUUGUAUUACUUGUAUUUUGUGUUGAAUAGUUUUGUUUUACACUGUUACCCCCACCCCCCCACCACCACCUCACACUUCGUUAUUGUGCUAAUGGACUGUUACCAUUGUAUAUAUCCACCUGAUUUCUGUUUAUAAUAGCAAUAUAUUAUGUUCAUUGUACAUAUCCUUCUGUAUAUUUCUGUUUAUAGUAAUAGCCAUCUGUAUAUUAUGUUUAUAGUACAUAUAUAUUCAUCUGUACUUUAUGUUCAUAGUACAUACACGUCUGUAAAUGACUCCUAUAUUACCAUUUUCUUUCAUUUAUUUAACUCAUGUAGACACUGUAUAUCCUGCACUUGCUUCUAUUGCACUCUGGUUAGACCUAAACUGCAUACUUGCAUACCUUGUACUUGUACAUGUGUAAUGACAAUAAAGUUGAAUCUGACUCUAAACUAA